AUGCAGUUCAAGAGCCUCAUCAUCACCUCCGCGCUCCUCGGAGCUUCGGCCGUGACGGCACAGACCAAGCCGGACCCCAACGUCGACGUAUCCGUAUUCGAGUUGCGCGCCUUCUCGAACGAAACGGCGAUCGACGGCAAACCCAUCGUCGCAAAGAACGGCUUCCUCGCCAUCAACACCACCUCCGAAGCCAACUGCACCGGCGACCACGCAGGCUACGACUCGACGACCUACACGCAAUUCCUCAUCGGCCUGACCACCUACAACCCAGACGGCGACUCGCAGACCAUCUACGUCGGCACGAACGGCCAGAACCUGCAGGUCGCCGAGCCCGGCAAGGCGCCGGCGGACGAUCAGGUGCCGACGGGCUUCCGGCAGAUCGUGCACUGGGACGACAAGCUGCUGCAGUUCCGCGGCGCCGGCUUCCAGGCGUGUCCGCGGUCCAACUUUGAUGAGUGGAUCGUUUCGGUGCAGCCGGGCGCGCUGCCGACGGCGCCGGAGUGCAACAUCUUUGAUGUGAUUAUCGUGCCGAAGAAUGCGUCGACGGCGCCGAGCUGUACUUAUGCGUAA